AGAAAGGAGGUAGCACUCGAGGAGUCGAGGUGAGGAGAGGAGGGGGGAAAGAGGAGAGAAGAUGAGUGUUGCCUCCUAUUAAAAAGCCCACAUGCCGCUGAGCUUUGCCACUGCUGCGCCCUGCGGAUGCUGCUCCCUCUUGCGGUGGUGGCAGGUUAGGAAUUGAGCUCAAAAAAGCAGCCAGGUCCCACUCGAGCCGCUGCGUUCCCGGGCGGCGGGUGGCAGUUCUUGAUGCCAAAGAUACUUGCUUUGCGUCGCUCGGCGCGAGCGGCGGCGGGUAGGUGGAGGCAGAGCGCCACAGUGAAGAAGCCGUUCUUGGGAGUGUUGUGGCCCUAGUGUUCGCGAGUGUUGUUCUUGCCUUGGGUUCUUGGCGGCAAUGGCACCGGGCUUGGGGCUGGCGUACCCGUGGGGGAGAGAUGUCCGGCGCGGCAGGCCGGUGGUGGUGACCAUGGAGAACCCCAACUACUCGGUGGUGGAGAUCGACGGGCCCGAGGCGGAGGCGCUCCAGGCUGGCAUGCCCAUGGACAAGGGCCGUGGCAGGAGCGCCAAGCAGUUCACCUGGGUGCUGCUCCUCCGCGCCCACCGCGCCGCCGGGUGCCUCACCUCGCUCGCCGCCGUCGCGUUGGCGCUGCCGGCCGCCGUUGCGAAGCGGUUCCGGCGGUCCGCCGCGACCGAGGGACCCGGCCGCGGCCGCGGCUGGCUGCUCUACAGGUUCAUCAAGGGGUUCUUGGCGCUCUCCUUGCUCGCUCUCGCUUUGGAGCUGGUGGCCUACUGGAAGGGGUGGCACUUCCAGAGACCGAAUUUGACUGUGCCUGAAUUGCAUGUGCCGGAGGUGGAGGAGAUUCAGGGUUGGGCGCACUUGGCGUACCUCUCCUGGAUGUCGUUCCGAGCAGACUACAUCCGGCGGCCGAUCGAGUUCUUGUCGAAAGCUUGCAUUUUGCUCUUUGUCAUCCAAUCGAUUGACCGGCUUGUCUUGUGCUUGGGUUGCUUCUGGAUUAAGUUCAAGAAGAUCAAGCCAAGGAUUGAAGGGGACCCAUUCAGGGAUGGUUCAGUGUAUCUUUACCCAAUGGUGCUUGUUCAAAUUCCGAUGUGCAACGAAAAGGAGGUUUACGAACAAUCGAUUUCAGCCGCCUGCCAGCUAGAUUGGCCUAGAGAUAAGUUUCUAAUUCAGGUGCUCGAUGAUUCCAGCGAUGAGAGCAUUCAAAUGCUGAUCAAAGCAGAAGUUUCCAAGUGGAGCCAACAGGGUGUGAACAUUGUCUACCGGCAUCGGGUGUUGAGGACCGGGUAUAAAGCUGGGAACCUCAAGUCUGCAAUGGGCUGUGACUAUGUCAAGAAUUAUGAGUUUGUUGCCAUUUUUGACGCGGACUUCCAACCAAGCCCUGAUUUUCUCAAGAAAACAAUCCCACAUUUUGAGGGGAAUCCUGAACUUGGUUUGGUUCAAGCACGAUGGAGCUUUGUGAACAAGGACGAGAACCUCUUGACACGCCUUCAAAAUAUCAACCUUUGCUUCCACUUUGAAGUAGAGCAGCAGGUCAAUGGAGUCUUCUUGAGCUUCUUUGGGUUCAACGGAACUGCCGGAGUUUGGAGGAUCCAAGCUUUGGAAGAAUCAGGAGGCUGGCUCGAGAGGACAACCGUAGAGGAUAUGGAUAUCGCUGUUCGAGCACACCUGAAUGGAUGGAAAUUCAUUUUCCUGAAUGAUGUGAAGGUCUUGUGUGAACUUCCAGAAUCCUAUGAGGCGUAUCGAAAACAGCAACACCGGUGGCAUUCUGGGCCAAUGCACCUUUUCCGGCUGUGCCUUCCAGACAUAAUUACUGCCAAGAUAUCCUCAUGGAAGAAGGCAAAUCUAAUACUAUUAUUCUUUCUUUUGAGGAAGUUGAUACUUCCUUUCUAUUCUUUCACAUUAUUUUGUGUCAUUCUUCCACUAACCAUGUUCGUUCCUGAGGCCGAGUUGCCUGUGUGGGUUAUCUGUUAUGUGCCGGUUUGCAUUUCCUUCCUGAAUAUUCUGCCAUCACCAAGAUCAUUUCCUUUCAUUGUACCAUACCUCCUCUUUGAGAACACCAUGUCGGUGACCAAGUUCAAUGCAAUGGUGUCUGGGUUGUUCAAACUUGGAAGCUCCUACGAAUGGAUUGUCACCAAGAAAUCUGGUAGAUCAUCCGAAUUAGAUCUCGUCACAGCAGCAGAAAAGGAUACAAAGGGCGCUACGCUUCCUCAGUUCCAGAAGCAAUUACCUGAGAGUGGAUUGAUUGAGAUCAAUAUGCGAAAGGAACAGCACGAGAAGGUGCUGCAUGACGCGAAAAAAGCUAAUAAGAUCUACAAGAAGGAGCUUGCUCUCUCUCUGCUCCUCCUCACUGCUGCAACUCGGAGCCUCUUGUCUGCUCAAGGGAUUCAUUUCUACUUCCUUCUCUUCCAGGGUGUGUCAUUCCUUCUUGUUGGCCUUGAUCUAAUUGGAGAACAGAUAAGCUGAUCCCUGUCGUGCUAUUGUUCAUGCAUAUAUUCAUACAUGCAGUGGCAGAGAGCUAUUGUUCAUGCUACGAAAUUUUUACUUCAGCAUUGCAACCCUGCACAAAAGACAAGAGAAGAACAAUUGUUCCGCAGUCCAGAUUCAGGGCACAGACUGGGAUGGCCCGACAGGAAUAAACCGAAUAGUAGAUAGGAUUUGUUCAUCUGUACACUGUCAGUAAAUGAUCCUGCAGUGUUCAUAUAUAGAGUUCCAGCAAUGUUCCUUGAAUUCAUAAAUACUGAAAUGUGUACCUCAUUUGUAAAUCGUAAUACACAAUUCGUUCUGAAGAUGAAGUGUGAAGUCGUACAAAUUGUGUUGAUGUUUGUCACCACCCUAGGUGAAUUGU